AUGAAACCCGGACAGCACGCCCGACUCGGAUCAUCCUGGCCGCGCUGCCCCGCUUCCACCAACCAUGCUGCUCCACGCAUCUCUCGCCAUGGCCAGGCUCGCACGCGCAUCCUUGCUUCUUCCUUGACUUUCAGCCAGCCCAAGUCCCCCAGCAGCCCUACACUGGCCACUAGCCACCUACUGCCGCUACACCGUACACCUUGUGUACUCUGCUACCUACGCUUGUGCUCGACUAUCCAAGUACCUAUCCAGUUCUGCCGUGAGUCACCGCAGUUCGCAUCACUUCAGAGGUCGGUGUGUUUGGAAAAAUGCAUGCUUCGGAGCCUUGUACAUGAUGAUGGUGAUGAUGAUGAUGAUAGUCACAGAGACACACAAGCCCAUGCCAUACCUCACCACCAACGAUCCACCUCCAACUCAGCCUCCUCUCCGUCUCCGACGACACUUCUUAGCCCUCGCCUAGCCGUUCAUCCUUCGUCUUCUCGUAUCCUCCGAUCGAUCGUUCUCCAGCUCCUCGUUUCAUUUCCCCCGUUUCCCUCCUCUCCCCUUUCUAAUGGCCCAUUACCACCAGUAGUUUCUCUCUGUCUUGUACUAAAAAACUUUCCAACCCCACUCUCCCACCGCCGGGACCACCCUAACGGGCACCCGGUGAAGAUUAGUCCACCACCUGUCCACCGCUACUCUAACAGAAAGAAGAAGAGAAAAUCAUACUACGGAAAAAUGUUACUACUGCUGUUGGGUACUUUGAGAACUAGCCUUCGGGUAAGCUUAUCACUCUCACAGAUCAGACACGGCUACGUAUUCAUCUUACCCCACUCCGUGGACAAAAGGCACUGCAGUAUUGCUAUGCCCCUAUCCGAUAUCGAAUCAAUGCUGUACUGCCUGCAUCAUGCUGUUGAUAAAGUUCUUUGCUGCUACAUGUAGUCAUUGCGAUCGCCCUCUACCCAUGCUCAUUAAGUUUGUUCCUAUAUAAACAGAAACAUGCACGCACACGACAGAUGUAUAGGUACCAAUCCAUACAUGGAUGCAGCGCCACUGUACUGAUCGCUGUGCUGUGCCUGUGCCUGUGCCUGAGCAAGGUCAUCAUCGCUCAUGUCGUAGAUCAAUGCAGUCUGCAUUGUGUCCAUGUGUGUGCAUUGUGUGCUGUACCUACAUAUGUAUGUAUGUAUGUACUAUGUAUGUAAGCUGUCCAUGUACGCUCGUAGCCAAGUCAAGGUAAGGUACCCUCGAGUGCUGAUUCGGCAUCAUCUAUGUAUGCACCCAUGCAUGUGUCUGAAUAC